UUCACUGAAUACUUUUCUGCAUAAAUCUUCUUCCUAAUUUAUCAAAAUUAACUUUAGCUGAUCAAGUGUUACAAUGUGACUAACUGUUCUUCAUUAGUGACAGACUGAGGAUACUGUGUGUUUUCAUUGAUUGGAUUGAAUUGUUUUCAAGUUAUCUGCAAAUAUAUUCAAAUCAUUUCUGUGAAACUAAAGUUAAAUAAAUGUUUUUUAUUUUGGGUUUAAAAGCAGCAGAGAGCCAUGGGAAAAGUCCGAACAUGCUGACACUGAAGACACAUGGACAAGAGCCUACAGGUUUGAAAGAACAGGAAGGCUAAUUGAAAAGUGCGGCCAUGUCACCAUGUCUUCACAUAACAAAGAAGAAGAUCCAACAGUCCUUUUAAACUUUCUCUCACAACUUGGACUGGAGAGAUUUUAUCCCAACAAGCUCACUCUUCGGUCUCUCUUGGAGAUCAACAGAAACAGUGUGUAUGAUGAAGCUGUUUCAUCAGUGGAGGAUAUACCAUGGUGUUUUCUCAGGAAACUAUUUAAAAUCAAUGCAAAAUGCAGGAACUGUACACAAUUAUCAAACACAGAUGAUGAGGAGGAGGAAAACACUGAUGUCUUUGACUUUAAUACUGCAGAGGACUCUGCAGACAAUAAGGUGAACCUUCUUGACCUCAUAGUAGCACUCUUUCUUUGUGCUGACAGCUUCUUGCAACAAGAAAUGGUCCUCAAAAUGUCAAUGUGCCAGUUUUCUGUCCCACUAGUGUUGCCCCAUGGCAACAAUAAUCAGUGUACCUUGAUGGUCUGGGCUCUGAGAGACAUUGUCAAAGAGUGGCGUCCACAUGAAUUGUCAAGUUCAAAAGGGUUUGUUGAAGACAACAUUGUCCAGACAGAACUACCCUUCUUCUCCUUUGUGAGGCUUAAAAACUGCAGUUUAUCCAAGUCCCAGUGUUUGAAUCAUAUUCUCAGCCUUGACCAGUACAACAACAACAUGUUCAUACACAGAGAUAUGAAAGGAGGAGACCAUGAAAGGAAGAUUUCAAAUGGCUUGGUAGAGGUCUGCUGGUACCUUCCAUGUGGCAGAGAAAAUCUUGACACAUUUCCAAAACCAAUUGCUGUCGCCAAUCUGAGAGGAGACAUUGGUCAGUCAAUUACACAAUUCAGUUUUCUUUUUCAAGUGUCGACUGCUACCUUUGUAUUCCUGGACAAAGUUGAAGAAAACGAGCACAAGAUUCUGACAUGUCUUCAAGAUGUGAGAUCUAAACUGUUCUUGGUUGUAAACCGCAAGGCUGAGAAGGACAUGAUGACUGUCAAGAACACAGUCAAAGAAUUAGAAUUACCACAGAGCAGUGUGAAAAUCAAAGACCCACAUGUAAAUCUGAUUACGUUUUCAGAGAAACUAAGUAUAACCAUCAAAAAAUCCAUGACAAAUACAAUGAAAAUCGAAAGCAUGCUUGACAAGGCAGUUGACCUGGGACUGUCUGAGGAUGAAUGUACAAGUGAACACCAAAAGAAGGUGGCUGAGGAGAUUGCGAAAGGAAUUGGUUUGCGACCUAUAUCAGAGUACAAGAACAAAACACUUCCUUUGCAAGGUGUUAACUGGAAAAAGUUAUCACAGUUGGAAAUGGAAGAAUGUAGGUUAAAAAAUGCUGGUGAUCUUAGACUGGAAGAAUAUAAAUCUAAACUGCAAAAAGAAAAACAAGAGAUCAUCAAGAAGCUUGGCAAACAAAAACUAUCCAAAGCUAUGAAUAGUUUCAUUGAACAAUCAUCUGAACAGGACAAAGUGAAAAGAGAUUUUUUCCUGAAGUGGAUGAAACUUAAACUGAAUGCACAUUUGCAGCCUGACAUGAAACUAUCUUUACUACGUCAGAAAUUGACAGACGAAUGCAACAAAAAGGAGAAAGACGGCAAAGUGAUUGCAGAACUGGAUCAGGCUUUGCUGGAAAGCUCUUUGGGAAUAGAGCAUUACAUGAGAGAGAUGGGACUAAUCUAUGAGUUUUCCUCCCAGUCACAACACACUGAUGAUAAAAUAUCUCGACUCCCUGGUUUGGCUGCUGAAAUGCUGUUGGAUGGAUAUGCUUUAGAGCUUCUCGAUGGAGAUGCGUCUAACAUCCCACAGAAGUGGGUGAAGGAUGUGCUAAUGGAGCUUCACAACAAGGUUGGAGAGAAGAGCAGACUGUUGGUGCUGACUGUGUUGGGUGUUCAAAGUACAGGGAAGUCAACACUCCUCAACACCAUGUUUGGUGUGCAGUUUCCUGUCAGCAGUGGCAGAUGCACAAGAGGAGCCUACAUGCUCUUUCUCAGAGUAGGUGAUGACAUGCAAAGUGAGUUGAACUAUGACUUUAUAGUUCUCAUUGACACAGAGGGUCUUAGGUCACCUUGUUUGGCACAACUAGAGGACAGUUGUGAGCAUGACAACCAGCUGGCAACCUUUGUCAUUGGUUUAAGUGAUGUCACCAUUAUCAAUGUUGCAAUGGAGAACUCCACUGAAAUGAAGGAUUUUCUUCAAAUUGCGACUCAUGCAUUCUUGAGGAUGAAGCAAAUUGGGAAAAAGCCAGUUUGUCAUUUUGUGCACCAGAAUGUGGGUGGAGUUUCUGCCCAUGCAAAGAACACAACAGAGCGAAAACACCUCUUGGACCAACUCAAUGAAAUGACCAACAUCGCAGCCGAAAUGGAAAAACAUCCUAUCAUACCAUUCACAGAUGUGCUGGACUAUGACUUGGAAAAAAAUAACUGGAAUAUCCCAGGACUGUGGCAUGGCACCCCACCAAUGGCACCAGUGAACACAGGUUACAGUGAAGCUGUGGCAGAUUUCAAGAGAAAUCUUCUGGAGACGGUAAAAAGAGACAAAAGUGAACAUGUGCCACAGAUCCCAGAGUUUCUGGAGUGGAUCACAAGUCUCUGGAGAGCUGUUAAGUUUGAGAACUUCAUCUUUAGUUUCAGAAACACUCUUGUUGCUCAUGCCUAUGACAACCUUUGCAAAGAGUUCAAUCAGUGGGAAUGGGAGUUCAGAAAAGAGGUUUUCCGCUGGAAAACAGAAACUGAAAUGGAAAUCCAAAAUACUGAAAAUGAGUCUGAGCUUCAUCAUUUGAAUGAAAUGGUCAAAUCAAAAAAGUCAGAGGUAUCUGACAAAAUAAAAGAACAAAAACAAAAAAUGGAUCAGAAACUCCAGGAAUACUUCAAGAGGAAAGGCCGACAGGUGAAUCUGAUAAUGAAAUACAAAACUGACUUUAUCAUCAGGAUCGAGGGUCUUACAAAUGAAAUCCAACAUUCAGCCAACAGUGACCUGGAUUGUGCACUUGAAUGUAAAAAAAGUUCAAAAGAGGCUGAAGACCUUCAGAGAAAUCACAGAGAAGUGAUUGAAGAGCAGGUUAUGAAACUUUUGAGCGACUGCAAAAAACGCACACAGUCAGACAAGGAGCUGGAAGAAGAGUUUGAAAAAGUGUGGGCUGCUGUCACUGUAAACAUAUCUGGCCUAAAAGAACAAGAUAUAUCUGCCAGAGUCCUUGACCAGUUGAGAAAACAUUUUGUAAAUCUUAAUGUCAAUGAGGAACUACAGAAUAUUGGAGACCUGAAAGAAUUUGGGAAAGAUCCAUUUAAGGCCAAAACUGAUCACAUAAAAAUGACAAAGACACAAUUUGUAAAUUUCUUUUUUAAGAAAGAAAUAAAACGAGACUUACAGAGCCGUGCAGACAGUGUUAUUGCAUCUUGCAAACGUUUUGUUGAAGAUACUGCAAAGACAGACAGAGAUUACCAUGAUUCUUUCACAAAGGAUCUUCUGGAUAAAGUCAAUGAAUCCCUCAAGCAAAACUGCAAGAAAUGCAAGCCCAAGUUUGCUAUUGACCUGAAACUUCAUCUUUGUGGAUUUGCUUCAAGAGAGUUCCUUCACAUGCACAGAAAAUACUUGGCCCAUAGGGAUCCAAGAAAUAAGCUGGAUGCGAAAAAGAAACAGUACUUGACAGACUUCAUAGAUCUGUACAAAGAGAAAGAUCACUGCCAACGCAAAGCAACUGAUUAUGUCAGCUUUUGUAUCAAACCUGCUGUUGAGGAGUACAUCAGUAGAUCACUGGGAAUUGACAUUGUGGAGGAAAUUUUGACAAGUUGCCAUUCACCAGAGUACAGUUCACGCUCCUUUUUCCAGUACAACAUUCAAAAGGAGUUGCUGCAAAAGGAUGACUUUGAGAGUUUUGUCAAGUACAUUACAAGGUAUGAAAUAUUUGUUAAGGAUUGGAUAUUUCAGCAUGUCCUGCAAAAAAUGUCAGAGGGCCAGACUCUGUGCAAACUGAAGAUUAAAAGUCUGCAGGUCAUAGUUGACAAAAUCACAAAAGCAUUAAAGCAGUCCACAAAACACAGUGAUAGCACUCCGCUGCCAGACAACCAGGAAAGUAUCCAAGAGCUCAUCAACAACAUGCGAACGUGUUUAAAUAAAGACAUCUCAAUUUCUGUGGAAGAUGAAAAAACCAGCCUGUUUCAGAUCCAAAGCACAUGCCAUCAGUUUACAGACAGCCUGUUUAAAUCAUUACAUGACUUAAAGGAAGAGCUGAAGGAGGAAAUCUCAAACUCUGAUGACAUCUCUGAAACUCUGAAAAAACUCCCAACCAAACCACAAGAUGAGCUCUUUAAGCAAGUGUUUGGCUGUGGAAAACAAUGUCCUUUCUGUAAAGUUCCUUGUGAGGCUGGAGGCAAAGAACACAAGGAGCAUCAUGCAGCUGUGCAUCGUCCUCAAGGUCUUGGCAUGUACAGAAAUCUAAACACACAGCAGUUGGUUGAAACACUGUGUACAACAGAUGUCCACAGCGAAAAAACAUUCAGAAACACAGACACUGAGGGGAAGUUCCAUCCUUAUAAAGACUAUGCCACAUACUAUCCAGAGUGGCACAUUCCUCCUGACCGCACCAUCCAGGCUUCUGACUACUGGAAGUAUGUCCUGGUAAAAUACAAUGACAGAUUUGCUGAAGAAUACAAAGCCAAGCCUGCUGUCGUUCCAGGGUCCUGGAGAAGCAUCACAAAGGAACAAGCACUGAAAGGUUUAAAAGAAGCCUUCAACAUAAAGUGAACAUCGCACAACUCAGACAAAUAUCCUUAAACAAGAAACAUUUACACACCUCCUGUUUUUUGGGUGCAAACAGAGGAAGUGGAGUGGCAGAAUCAUAUGGCACUGAACACGUUAGGGCCUUCAGCAAAACAACUUGUUUCACAUGUUUUCCUUACUAAGAGAAAUGGAAGUCUUCAAAGAAAGACAGAAACUCGGCUUCAAAUAAUUGAAGUGUGAACACCUGAUUUAUAUUUUUUAUGUUUCUAUGAUAUGAUUUAGUUCAUCUGAUUGAAGCAGUUAUGUUAAACUUUUGAACAUGUCUUUUUUUGUGUUUUUAAAUAUAACAAUCAUUUUGUUUCGUACAUUUUCUUUCAGCACUCUUACUACAGUGCAUGAAUAAGGCGAUGGCUCUGAUGUAAGUUUCAAAGGUCAAAUCAUGUCGUUUUUGUUGUUCUUUCAGUUACCUUUUGUGUUUAAGACUUUCUUUUCUUUUCAAAGAUAAUGUCAGAAGGUGUGUACAAUGUGAGGUCGGUAUGAGUGACAAGCUGACCAUGACAGAUGAUGAACAUGAAAACAGAGAGCAUGUUGUUGUUUUUAUAUUUUGGAAGAAUUCUGAGUUGUUUUUUAAUCUCUCUUUAUGUUCAUGUUUUAUUUUUUAUGCCAUUUUAACAAGUGUGCACAAUAAUGAUGAUGGCAAUGAUGAUAAUGUUCUUCAAGACCACGUACAACAUGUGUUUUCUUUUGUUUGUUUUGAUGAGAAAUUAAACAGUUUGUUGUUUUUUAUGUUGUUGUGUGGCUCUGUGUAUUAUAACUGGUACACAGUAAAGAUGAUGAAAUGAUGAUUUACUAUACGGAGACCAUGUGGGGGAACAAGAGAUGAUCUGCAGAGUAUGUGUCUGAAUGGUUCAUUCAUUGAAUCACAUUUAGAGUUUUGAUUGUCCUGAUUAAAUAAUGUGUCACAAGAAAACUAAACAUGUUGGAUACAGUCAGAAAAUAAGAAACGUUGAUGUCACUGACUUGAAGUGCUGACUAACAUUGUUCGUUGUGUAUUUCUGACAUAAAUCUUCUUCUUGUGUUUUUAGUUAUAUUUUGGCCUUGUUGUUUUAAUGUUUUUGCUCAGUCAUAGAGCUACAGUAUAGUGAUGCUGAUGUAGUGGAUGAUGACGUUCUCGUACAAUAACAGUUUGAAACAGAUGUUUAAAAAAUAUAAUCACAAGUUUGAAUGUUUUUACUUUUCUAUUUGUAUUCGUCAUAGGAAAAAACAACAUGUUAAUCUUUUGAUGUGUUUUUGAUUUAGUCAGUGAAUAUGUGAUUUUAAUCUUCCUGAAUUUGAUAUUGAUGUUUAAAAGUUGUCUGAAGAGGCCGAUAGCAGCAAAAGUGAGGCCAAAUCUUGUUAUUUCAGACAGACGAUGAGUUCAGCAAGCUGGACGUGAUAUUUACAUGUUCUUAAUUCUGUUUUUGAUGUUUUUGAUGGAAAAUGUUUUUUUUCUCUUAAUUCUAUAUGACAAGUGAUAAAUAUGAUAUACUGUAUGUAUAAUAAAUGUGAAAAUGGGCCUAAAGCCACAAAUGUUGAGUUAAAUUGUGAUUAAAGAUUUCAAUUGAAAUUA